CCCCGCUUUAAAGCAUAUUUUCCCACCAUUUGCUUUUUGGACCCGUUGUUUGUUAAUCGUGUGUAUUGGGAUACAAUGUAAACUCGUUCUAUGGAUGAGUGAACAACAAAUACGAGCAGAGGAUUAGCGGACCAAUUCUCUUUAAACUUGUUCCACGAAAUCCGGGGGCAUUCCGACAGUCAAGUGAUUAUUGAUUGUGCGAUCUGGAUCCUGUUCACUUUUCUGGAAUUUCUGUUCUAAAUUUAACCUCUGUCGUAGGGGCUAGUCCAAUGUUCUCACUGGGCCACUUACUUAGUUGACACCGAGAAAAGAAAGGAAUGGACCCGGAGCAGCAGGGAAACAAGUUUUGGGAAAACUUUGAAGAAAUGGCCAAAGAGACAGAACCUGACGGACUGAAAGCCUUCAAGAAAACACUUACAGAUUUUCUUGGUCUAAAGUCAAAGAAAAAGAAAAGAAAACAUGGAAUUCCAUCUGACGAUAAUAUUGACGAGGAUAAAACAGGACUCUUGAAGACUCGAACCAAUCAGAACAAUUCGGAAUCACGUGCAGCUUCCAGCAUCCCAGAAUCCGGAAGUGUGGUAUGUCAAUCACAGGACUCCAGCGAACUCCACUGGUCAUACCCUGAGUCUUCCCGCCCACUAACUGACCAUGGCCAUCAGCAGUCUGUCGACGAUAACCGAUACCUAUUCCGCCACGAGAAGCUCGGUUAUGCUGUUCUUGUAAUCAACAGUAAAUUUGACAGCCAAGCUGAAAGAAAAAAUGCUGCAUGGGAUGUAUACUACAUGCGUAAAAUGUUUCAGGAGAUGGGAUUUGAAGUAAAACUUCUUGAAAACCUUACUUCUAGAGAUCUUCUUACUAAAAUGAAAAAUAUACAGCAAAGCAUAACUAAAGAAUCGGACUGUUUUGCUUGUGUAAUCAGUUCUCAUGGGAUGGAGGGACAAAUAAGCACGAAGGGCAAAGGUCCCGAGCCUUUUGUCCGUACAGAACAUUUUGUCUACACCAGAGACGGGGUGGUGAGGACCACAGAACUCCUGGAGCUCUUUAAUGACCGGAACUGUCGAGCUCUGAGAGGAAAACCAAGGAUGUUUUUUAUUCAGGCCUGUAGGGGUAGACUUGAUAUACAAAAAGCUGACGAAGUUGACAUGGGUGUGGAAGUACCUGUCCACUUUAUUCAACCGGAUGUUACCAAAGACGGAACUAAGGCUACAGCUGCCGAUGUCGGAGGCAUAUAUGACGAUUAUGAAGGUCGACGACCUGAGGAAUUCCGGAAUAACUUUUAUUUUGCCAGUCUUAAUCCACUGUAUGAAAAAAGUCGUGCUCAUGGUUUAUCUGGACAGUUUACUGGAAAUUAUCUGCAAGCACAAAGUCGUUAUGUGGUGAAAGAGCAGGCUGUAAAGAGUCACCAAUCAAGAGAACCUCCUUGUCGCACCACAACAUACAAAUUUCCAAAUAUUGACACAAAACCAGAGAAUAUCGAGGUCUUUCAGAUUCCUUGUUUUAAUGACUUCCUUGUUAUGUUUUCUUCCGCAGCAGGUACAAUAGCGUGGUCCGAUCAGGGGAAGGGUGGUUGGCUGAUGUACUGUUUGUAUCACGUGUUCCGAGACAUCACUUACACAAACGAAGAUCUUAUGACAAGUCUAACAAGAGUUUGUGGGAAAAUGGCGAUUGAAAUGGAAACUUAUUGUCCCAGCACCCCUCACUACGACAAAGCCAAGUCUGCUGCCUGUGUGUAUCACAAACUUACGAAGGACAUUUAUUUACAACCUGUCUCAUAUGUAUGAGAGAGAAAUGAGAGAGAGAGAGGUCUUAUUUAUACUAAAAGGGUAAAAUAUUAUAUAUAUGAAGGGUAAAAUUUUUACAUCUGUUUAUUAUUUUUUAUUGCUUGUUGUUAUUUUUAGUAAUAUUUUUUGUUUGGGUUAUUUCAUAGUAACAUUAUAUGUUCUAUUAAUUUACAUCUGUACAGUGAUUACCAGUAUUACUGAUGUUCAUUAAAAAUAUUUACAAUA